CUUAAACUGCCACAAGUGCGCAGGAAUAGCCAGCGCAUCCACUUUCCAACGUUUCUGUGCGCGGUUGCAGUCUUUGCAUAUCAGGCCCAACCAACUAUUAGCAUUUUCGUCCGCCUUUGCACGUAGCAAGUCCCUGCUACCAUGUUCGGAGUUGCAAGGGUUGUUCGCCCGGCUGUCGCUGUGGCUGCUGGAGCCGCUGCGGCAAGCGCUACCCAAGGUCCAGCGCAUGCCAGGGCACCGCCAGCGCAGGGUGCUGUUCGACAAGCCCCACACCCGCCGGCAUACAACAAGCUCGUCGAUCGGGAUACCGAGGGUUGGGUGCUUGCGGAGUUGAAGGAUGAGGUGGUACUGUUCCAACCCUUCGACUCUCACGAAGUCGAUGAUGCCGCGAACACUGUUAUGGAGCUCUGGACCGGCAGGCCUGCCACCUACAGCCAGCCCAUCAUCACGGAGCCCGGCGAGGACGAGGACUCCAGCAGCGCCAGCAGCGGCAGGAGCACCAGCAGCGGUGGCAGCGAUGGCCGCCUGGCGGACGCGGUGAUCGAGGCUGCUGCUUGCGCCUCCGCUGAGGCGGUGCUGCGUGGAGAGCGGCGCGAGCGUGAGGAGCUGGAGGCCCUGAUGACGAUCACCACCCGCAUGCUGCGCCGCCCCGGGCUGCAGCGCGAGGUGGUGAUGGCCAUGAUUGAGGACGCCGAGGUGGCGCAGCUCAUGAUGCGGCAGUGCGGGGACCUGGACCGCUACCUCCUGGCUGCCGGCAUCCCCAACCCGCAGCUGCUGCCAGCUCCCUCAGAUGACACCAGCACCACCUCCUCCUCCGAACCAGCCGCCCCCGCGGCCGCCUCCGCUGCCCCCUCCGCUGCUCCCGGCGGCGGCCCCACCCUGGUUUCCCGAGUGGCGGGAGCAGUCGCCUCGGCUCUGGAGAGGGCGGGCGACGCGCUGAGCUCCCUGGGAGCAUGGCUGCGGCGCCGGGCGGAGGAGCUCAUUGCUGGACUGCAGCAGCAGGGGGCGGAGGAGGAGGUGGAGGGCGCAAGCAGCAGCGGCGGCAGGGGUGGUGGUGCAGGUGGCAAGCGCCGUACUGACCAGGUGCUGGGUGGGGUGAUGGUGCUGGCGGUGGCGGUGGUUUGUGUGGCGGUUAUUAAGAAGCCGCUGGUGCUGCGGGCGUUGGCACGGCGGGGCUGAGAGACGGUGGGGCGGGGGAACGGAGGUGUGAGGGGCGGAGGAGGUUGGCCGGUGGGGCGUUGCUGCACUGAUCUGAGGCUGGCCUAGCAGGCGGGUGAAGCAGUGCGGGGUGCGGGCCUCAUGUCAUGUCAUGUCAUGUGUCGGGGGCUGCCCGGAGCGCCCCUGCGGCGGCCCCUGUGGCGCCCGCUGUCAUGCGUGAGAUUUGAGACGUGCCGCGGUGUGUAGCGCCCUUUGCGGCAAAAAUGUAUCACGACAAGAUGUAUGACCUGUUAGCAAGCGCAUUCUGUACCCUUUUUGAAGAGAUUUUCUGUACCUUUUUGCUGUGAUUUGUACGAACACGGCCGCGGUGUUAAACUUGCCCAAGAGAAACAUGCCCAGGAGAGGUUUCAUACGGCAUAGUUGGGGUACGUCUCUCGGCUUUUUGCAAGGGUUUUCAGUGGCUGGACCAAAUGUUAUGAUGGGAGGACAGCAACACUAAAUCCCAUCCAUCCGAGUUUUGUAUAUCGGUUACGGCAAGUACCGUACUUUGCAGCUUACACCCCACGUGCGGCGUGUGGUUUCCUUUUUUAGCUCCGCACUUUGUGCCCCAUUGUACCAUAGGCGCGUGCAUUGCUGUUUGUUGAUGCUGUUGUUGCUGGCGCCAUCGCCGCUCGUAAUACCUAAAGCUGUUAGGGGGGGCUAGGAAGAGGCGGAAGACAGCGUCCAGUUUUUGCAUCGGGCGCUUUUUUUGUACGCUUUUUUGGGUCAUUAUGCCGGUUCCUUUCUACCGGUAGUCAUUCGGUUUGCAUGGCCGAGAGUACCCGGGAUCGUUAGCUGAGCCUGAUGCAUGGUGGGAUUAUGGAUACACAACACACAGUUGAUGUGAUAGGGGUUGUUGGUGAGGUGAUAUGGGUCAACGCUGUAGCAUUCCUGAGUUUAAGG